AUGAAUCUUAAAAAGGUUAAAUGGGAACACUUGCACUCUCUAUGUCGAGAGUUUGAGGUUCUUUCAAUGGGAGAGAAUGAAGGAGUUGAUGAGUACUUUGUAACAAGGACUGUUAUUGCCAAUCAAAUGACAACACAUGGAGAGAGAAUGAAGCAAGUCUUGGUUGUUGAGAAGAUCCUGGGUUCUAUGAUAACAAGAUUCAACUAUGUCGUGUUCUACAUUGAAGAGUCCAAUGAUAUUAUAACUCUUUCAAUUGACGAAAUACAAAUUAAAAUGCUUGUGCAUGACCAAAGAAUGAAUGAUCAAAGAGAUUUAAUUGAAAAACACACUCUAAAAUCUCCAAUGCAGGAAGAGAGGCUGAGAGAGGAAGAGGAAUAUUUUCAACUAGAGGCCAUGGAAGAGGUAGACAAAAUAGAGAACUUGUAA